AUGGCCCCUUUGACCCGACUGCGAUCUAGGCCGGAGCGCCGCAUCAACUAUGCAGACACGUCUGAUUCAGAACCCAAGGUCAGCUUCAGAGCUUCGCCUCAGCCUAUCGUAUCCACCAGAAAGCGUGGCCGCAGGCCUGCUGCUCACAAGAAUGACAGAUACGCCUCGUCCGAGAUCCCGGUCGUUUAUUUCAAGGCUGGUGCGGUUGUCAAGCCAAAAGCAGAGCCGAAGGUGCGCAAGAAGGCGUUGACACGGAAGAAGAAGGAGUGGCCAACAAAGCAAGAGUGCUCCAUCUGCGCGACCAAAAAGAUCACGGCUCGAUCGUUCAAAGCUCCCGAUGAUGCUUGCGAACAUCUUCGGGCUAUCUGCAACUUAUGCGUUGCAAAAAUGCUGAAGACAAAAACCGCCGAACGCCAGCUAAGGAAGGCAGAGCUGAGCUGCCUUAUCUCCAAAUGCGAUCAUACUUUAGACUACGCAACUAUUAAGGCUAUGGUCGGUAAAGCUGCCUUUAAAGACUACGACAAAGCCGUCACAAAAUACGCUCUCUCUAUGGGAGAAUCGUACGUCGCCUGUCUUUCCGCGAAAUGCGGGUUGUACUUCUCGGCCGAAGACUGCAAGAACACUGAAAGUGGCAAGCAGCUGAUCGCAUGCCCUUACUGUGAGUACGAAAUCUGCUUGAAGUGUAAUCGGUCGUGGAAGUCGCACGGAAGAGGCAGCUGUGACCAGGCGAAAAAGGCAGAAGACGAGUUGUGUGAGCAGGCUGUCAAGAACAUGGGAGCCAAGCCAUGUCCGAACUGCAAGAUGAACAUCCAGAAGCAUGGCGGAUGCGAUCAUAUGACGUGUAGGAAAUGCCGCCACGAUUUCUGCUGGGUAUGCCUCGCCGGAUAUACCGGGGGCUAUCAGCACUUUGAUGACUGUCCUCAUGCACGGGUUCACGUUGCUAUCGAACCUGGCACCUGGAUGACAGACAACUUGAUCGCCCGAGCAACCGCACGUCGCGACAAUCCUACGGCUGCUCCUGCGCCCGUUUCUCAAUUACCACCAGUGCCACCACUCCCUCCUCCAGCUGCUGUUUUCGGCGGUCUGCUGAACUUGAUCGGAGGAGACGGCGGCGGCAGGAACGCAGAUGAGGCAUCUGCUCAUGGCUCUUCUCGCACUCUUCAAGUUGCUCAUCGUUCUGGACGUCCUGAUCGGUGGGAUCGAGGAGUUACGAUCGGUUCGCAAAGCGAAACAAAGAUGGCCAUAUCUGGGCUUGGAUGGGAUUGA